AUGGAGGCAGCUACAGAAUUUGAUAUUGGUUUGUAUCAUAAGAUGUUACAAUCAAAUGCAGAUGUUCAUGAACAUGUACAAGUAGAAGUGGAAGAACAUGUUCAAGAUGAAGUAGAAGAACAUGCACAAGUAGAAGUAGAAAAAAAUGUACAAGAUGAAGUGGAACUGGAUCAUGGACAUGAGGCUUCCAUGGAAGACAACUUGGAAAAUUACAUGGAUAAUUACAUAGACAACAACAUGGAUGGUUACAUGGAGACUAAAAUGGAGCAUGACAAUGGGAGCAAAUCUGAUGGAGAAGAUGGGAGCAUAUCUGAUAGGGGAGAGGGUAGUCACUGUGAUGAGGAAAAUGAUAGUGAAGAUAGUGAGGAUAGUGAUUGGGUGGAUAAGGAGAAUAUCAUUCCUGAAGUUGAAGUGGAUAUGAGGGAUUUCCACAUGAGCAUUGACACUGAAGCAGAGUUUUUUGAGAAAAGACUAAGGAAUAGCAUGGAGAAAGAUAGAAAUCAGGAGCAUGAAGAUAUGGAGUUGGAUGUUAUUAACAAUGAUGAAUGGGAUUCAACAGAUGAUGAUUCUAAGAUGGGCAAGAAGAGAAGACAAGUUAUUAAAGAAUUAGGUAAGGAAAAAAGGUGUUCUUUAGGAGAAGUUCAUAAACCAACAUUUCGUAUAGGACAAAAAUAUAAAAGUAAAAAAGAGUUAAAAGACAAAAUUGCCCAUCAUGCCUUGGAAACCAGGAAGAAUCUUUUUAUUAAGAAAAAUGAUAAACUUAGGUUGCGGGCCACAUGCAAAGGAAAAGUAGUAUUCAAUGAGGGGCAAGUGGAUGGACCUACCACUGGGAAGAAAAGUAAAGGCAAAAGUAAAAAGACAAAGACAAGUACUGAACUGCCUUGUCAGUGGGUUUUACAAGCAUCUAGGAAAAGUGAGGAAGAAAGUUGGUGUGUGAAAACCUACCAACCUGAGCAUUCAUGUCUCAAUACAAGAAAGGUAAGAACGGCCACAACAAACUUCAUCUCUAAACAGAUUAUGGAUCUAGUUGAAUCUAACCCAACUGUGCCAAUCAAAGCUGUACAAGAACUACUUCAGAAAAGAUAUCAGGUGAGCUUCUCCAAAGACCAGGUAUUUAGGGCUAUAGCAGAUGCCAAAAAACAUGUGAUGGGAGACUACACAAAACAAUAUGAUGUGCUGAGAGAUUACAUAUUAGAGUUGCAGUCCACAAAUCCUGACACAACUGUGAAACUGGAACUGGUUCCAGAACCAAAUCUUGUAAAUGCAACUUCAAGAUGUUUUCAGAGAAUUUAUAUUUGCUUGGGUGGAAUGAAAAAGGGGUUCAAAGCAUGCUUAAGGGAUUUUAUUGGUUUAGAUGGGGCCUUCAUGAAAGGAGCUUACCCAGGGCAGAUCUUGACUACAGUUGGCUUAGAUUCUAACAAUGGUAUAUACCCAUUGGCAUACGCCAUUGUUGAGUCUGAGAGCACACAAAGUUGGAAAUGGUUUCUAGAGUACCUGGGAGAUGAUUUGGACCUGUCACAACUUUCAAACUUCACUUUCAUAAGUGAUAGACAAAAGGGCUUAAUUCCAGCCAUUGCACAGUUGUUCCCGGUUGCUGAACACAGAUUCUGUCUUAGACAUAUCUAUGAAAACAUGAGGAAGAGAUGGAGAACUACUGAGUACAAAGAAAAGUUAUGGAACUGUGCCAAAGCCACAACAGUGCAAGAAUUUAAUCGUUUGAUGAAAGAGUUUAGUGAAUAUGACAUAGAAGCUUAUGAAUGGUUGAAGAAGAUCCCACCACAACAUUGGGCUAGAAGCCAUUUCACAGGUAGACCAAUCACAGACAUGCUUUUAAAUAACCUAUGUGAAGUGUUUAACAGUAAACUGAUAGAAGGUAGGGAUAAACCAAUAAUCACAUGCUUAGAGUACAUUCGGGAGUACAUGAUGAAAAGGAUUUGCAAUGUGAUAAAGGUUCAACAGAAGUGUGCAGGUCUAUUGACUCCAACAGCAACAAAGAUCAUGGAAACAAACACAACAAAUGCUUCUAACUACAUAGCCAGGUGGAAUUCCUCAGACAAGUAUGAAGUACAAGGACCAUGGCAAGAUCAACAUGUUGUUGACAUGGGCCAAAGGGUAUGCAGCUGUAGGAAAUGGGAAUUAACAGGAAUUCCUUGUAGGCAUGUGAUUGCAGUCUUAUUUGAUAAUGCUGACAAUGGUAAGGAUGUGGGUGAACUUUACACUUAUGUACACAAGGUGCAUUGGCUUGAAACCUGGAAAGAGGCUUAUUCCUGCAAGGUAGAACCAAUCAAAGGUCGUAUCAUGUGGCCUGUUAGUGAUUGUCCAAUAAAGAUCAGCCCUCCUCCACAUCGUAAUCAGCCUGGUAGGCCCAAGAAGAAGAGGCAAAGAUCCAUGGAGGAAAAAUCUCAAAGUCAGAGCCAAACUCAAAGUCAAAGUCAAACAAUUGGUGCUAGUGGUAUAUAUGGUCAUGGUCCAGGGGGCAGUGGAAAACUCACAAGGAAGUUCAUUACUGUCACUUGUAGCAAGUGUAAAAACAAGGGACAUAAUGCAAGAGCAUGUAAGGGGCAAUGA